AUGGGAGCAGUCGACCAAACCCUCACUCGCAUCGAGGCUAAUGGGCCCCAACCCCACACACCAGAAGACCGGAAACCACCGGCAAUCGAAGCCACGCCCAGGCCCCUAUCCAAAGCCGACCCUCUUCCAGCGCCUAGUGCGCCCCUCAUCGCCUGGGCUAACCCCACCAAGCCUCCCAUCACCUUCGCCCAACCAACCCCUGUCCGGGCCCCCCCACGAGUCCAAACUCCCGCUCCAUCUUCGCCUAUCAGGCUCCGCUCCCCCGUUGCCCCUCCACCAGCGGCUCCAGUAGCCGCAUACCAAGCCCCCGUCAAGGUAGAUCACCCUGACGCCUAUAUGGGGAAAAUUGGGAAUGAGUCACGACAAUGGCUCACAAGAAUGAUGGCAUGGGUCCGCCUUAACCAGCGCAUGUUCCCAACGGACCAGGAGGUACUCUCAUUCCUCCUAAUGAACAUGAAGGACGCAGCAGGAGCAUGGGCGCACCCUCACCUCGACCAACUAGGGUCCCACAGGGCCAUCAUCCAAACGGUAGAGGACUUCAGGAGGGAAUUCCUGGCUGCAUUUGGGAACCCAGACGCCACAAGGGCCGCGGAGCGGCAAAUCACCUACCUCACUCAGACAGGCACCUGUGCUGAGUAUAUUACAAAGUUUAGGACCAUCGCCAUGGACCUAGACUGGAACGACGCCGCCCUUCAUGGGCAAUUCGCACGUGGCCUCCACUGGGAGGUCAGCUGCCUCAUCGCCACCCGAGAGCGGCGCCCCACUACCCUCCUGGAGCUGCAGAACGCAGCCCUGGUCAUCGACAACGCCCUCCGCGAGGAGCGUGCCAGCCACCCGCCUAAGGGUAGUAAGUCUGGAACUUCCUCCACCCCCAAUAGGGGGGCAAGUACCGGCCAACAGGCCACAAAACCAGGGCGCCUCUCCAGUGACCCCAACUUUGUCUCCAAGGAGGAGCGAAACCGCCGCAGGGCUGAAGGCCUCUGCAUCAAAUGCGGUAAAGCGGGCCAUAAAUUUGCGGAAUGCCGCACUGGCUGGAAAGCCACACCCAAGGAGGAAGGUGUCAAGAAGGAAGCCGCCAAAAUUGGCGAAGAACUAAGGGUACCUGCUGCCGCGCGCAAGGACCCUAAGGACUCUAGGCUUAUUGAAAUCUGUAAUAUAUCAAAUAGCACCAAUAGAAUUUCCCCACUCUUCACAAUCUCAAUUAAGCCAGAGAAACAAGCGGACCCACUAGAAGUCCUGAUAGAUUCAGGCGCUACAUCAUCAUUCCUUCAUCCUCACACCGCGGAACGACUCCGCCUGCCCCUAAUAGACCUCCCUCAACCCCGCACCGUAACUAUGCUCGAUGGGUCGAGCCCCCAGGCUGGAAAGAUUUGGAAGAAAGCUCACCUAACCUUCCUAUUUGAUGGUAAACGAAUGACCAAGACCUUCCUUAUAUGCAACACCGGAUCUCACGCCGCCAUCUUGGGACUAAAAUGGUUGGACGCACACAACCCAGAAAUCAAUUGGAACGCGCGAACCCUCUCCUUCCCCCAUACACCACCAGAACACGUGGCCAUUGCCGAGGAAGAGGAAGCUGAUCAGAAUCCCCUUGAAGGAGUACCCCCAAAAUAUCACCAGUACGCCAAGGUAUUUGGGGAGGAAGAAUUCAACAAGCUUCCCCCACAUCGGCAUUACGACAUUGCCAUUGAACUAACGGAAGAAGGGCCCCUCAAUUCCCCGUUAUAUAGCAUGACUGAUGCCGAAUCCUCCACACUCAAGGAUUGGCUCAGGGACGAACUCAAGGCGGGGAAGAUCCGCCCCAGCAAGUCAUCAAUCAGUUCCCCUGUCAUGUUUGUACCCAAAAAGGAUGGUUCCCGUUGGCUUGUGGUUGAUUACCGCCGCCUCAAUAGUCGGACAAAGAAGAAUGUGUACCCGUUACCUCGUCCAGAUGACCUCAUGGCCCAGCUCCGUGGUGCCAAGAUCUUCACCAAGCUAGACCUGAGAUGGGGUUACAACAAUGUCCGUGUUAAGGAGGGCGACGAAUGGAAAACCGCAUUCCGCACUAAGUAUGGCCUGUACGAGUCUCUUGUCAUGACCUUUGGUUUAACCAACGCCCCUGCCUCAUUCCAACACUUCAUGAACAAAUUAUUCAAGGAUCUAUUGGAUGUAUGCGUCAUCAUUUAUCUUGAUGACAUCCUAAUUUACUCAAAGGAUGACGCAACCCACACCCAGCAUGUUCAUGAAGUAUUACGGCGGUUAAUGGCAAACCAAUUGUUCUGCAAGGCGUCAAAAUGCACGUUCCAUGUCACAUUGGUGGAAUACUUGGGAAUUAUUGUGUCAGACAAAGGUUUUAGUCUGGACAAACUCAAGAUUCGGGCAGUUCAGGAAUGGCCCACGCCUACCAAGGUCAAGGAAGUGCAGUCUUUCCUAGGGUUUGCCAACUUCCUCCGCCGUUUUGUGGCCAAUUUCAGCCAUAUAGCCAGACCGUUGCAUAAUUUGGUGAAAAAGGACACGCCUUGGAAAUGGGAUACCAGAGAACAGGAAGCUUUUCAGGGACUCAAGGAUGCUAUCACAAACGCCCCUGUACUCUGCCAUGCAGACCCCACCAAGCCUUACUUCUUAGAAACGGAUGCUUCCGGCGCAGCACUAGGUUCCAUAUUGAGCCAACGCCAAGAAGACGGCCGCCUACACCCCCUAGGGUUUCUGUCAGAAUCAUUCAAAGGCGCGGAACUGAAUUACGAUACACAUGACAAGGAAUUACUGGCAAUCAUCCGCUCCUUUGAAUACUGGCGUAUCUUCUUAGAGGGAACCUUACACCCCGUCACUGUGUUCACCGACCACCGCAACUUAGAAUAUUGGAAGGAGUCCCGCACGUUCAACCGCCGCCAUGCCAGAUGGCAUCUACUGCUAGCCGGAUAUAACUUCCAUAUUGUAUACCGCCCAGGUAAACAAUCUGGCAAGCCAGAUGCCCUAUCACGCCGAUCAGAUCACGCGGACAUCCCACCCGAACCACAGACCAUGCUACCGGAUCCUGUAUUCGCUAACGUUGCCCUAGUUAUUCCUGAAAAAGAGCUGCAACGCCAAAUUGAAGCAUCCUUGGAUCAGGACGAAUCCCUGGAGGAAAUACUCCAAUUCCUACAGAACAAGUCAAAGGCCCCGCCCUCCAUCAAACAAGCCUUCAAGGAUUACCAAAUGGAGGCGGGCCUACUCUUCUAUCAGGGAAGGAUUGUGGUACCAGAUACCGGGACUCUACGGACAGACUUACUCCGCAUAUUCCACGACAGCCCUCUGGCCAGGCACCCGGGUAGACAACGAACAUUGGAACUAGUCUCUAGGAACUACUAUUGGCCUGGAAUCCGCGCAGAUACUUACUGGCACGUAGAUUCCUGUGAAACUUGCCAACGAAUCCGCAAACCAAAGUAUGCUUCCAUUCCCCCGCAACCGUUAGAACUGCCGUCUUGCCCCUGGCAACACAUAUCCUACAACAUGAUUGUUGACCUACCCAAGGACGGAGCCUACGACUCAAUACUGGUCAUUGUGGACAGUUUCACCAAAUACGUAAUACUGGUGGAAUGUUCCAAGAAGUUAAAAGCUCCCGAAUUGGCAGAUCUUUUCCUACGACAUGUCUGGAAGAAAUACGGAAUGCCGGAGAAAACAAUAUCCGAUCAAGGAAGGGUCUUCAAUAACAAAUUCCUCAGGGCGUUGUACAAACAAUUAGGAAUAGACCCCCACUUCUCCUCAGCCUACCACCCGCAGAGCGAUGGACAAACGGAACGGGUAAACCCCACGGUUGAGCACUUCCUAAGGGCUUAUUCAGGGAUCAACCAAAGGGAUUGGGUCAGAUGGUUACCGAUGGCAGAAUUUGCGUACAACAACGCAGUACACAGUAGUACUGGCAAAUCCCCAUUCAAAGCGCUACAUGGAUGGGAACCCUCACUUACUCCAAGCAACGUCCCUACCGAUGUCCCCGAAGCGGACGACGUAGCCUCCCAGAUGGAAUCCCAGUGGCGGGAAAUAGAAGCAGCACUCCGGCAAUCAAAAACACGCAUGACAGCCGGAGAAACAGGAGAACCAAUCAGUUUUGAAGUAGGAGAAGAGGCCUGGCUAGACGCCAGGAACGUAAAACUAAAGACCCUGAGUCCCAAGUUAACGGAACAACGGCUAGGCCCCUUCAAAAUAACCAAAAAGAUCUCCAACCGUGCUUACCGCCUAGAACUCCCGCCAUCUAUGAGAAUCCAUAACGUCUUCUACGUGGGACUACUGUCAAAAGUGAGAAGGGACGAUAAACGCGCAUUUGAAAACCGGCCGCCCCCGGUCACCGUGGACGGGGAGGAAGAAUACAAAGUGGAAGGAAUCGUGGACAUGGAAAAUAGGAACGGAAAGUGGUUUUUUAGGGUUAAAUGGAAAGGCUACGGAUCAGAGGAAAAUACCUGGGAACCAAGGGAAAACCUCAAAAACGCCGAAAAAAUCCUGAAAAAAUUCGAAAAGGAAAUGAAGGAAAAGGCCCUCGGCGCCGCCAAGGCCCUUAAAGGGGGGGCAGUGUCGUAG